GUCAGCGGCUGCAAAAUUGACGCUUUCCAAAAGGCCCCUCACUAUCUAAACUACUCUUCACUCGUCAACUUUUAGAUCCACCCCCAGACUACCUUUUUUUUUCUCUUUAAUAGAGACGUGUUUGGUUUGUUCGCCUUGUUUUUUAUUCUUCAAUUUCAAACAUGGCCGGCCAAACUCCGGAGUCCUGGGAGGAUGAACUCUCCCAGCAGACUGAGGGCGUCAACCUGAACGCACAGUCCCGGCCACAAGCCCAAGCUCCCUCUUUCCGUCCAGGAAUUGCCUCUUUCCAGCCCGGAGCCGCUUCUUUCGUACCUGGUCAGUCUUUCCAAGGGUAUGGUGGCUACCCGCAAUAUGGCCAGUAUGGCCAGCAAGCCUAUGGCGGUUACCCAUAUGGUCAGCAGCAGCAGGCCUAUGGUCAGUAUGGGGCGUAUGCUCAGCAGCCUGGUGGCUACAACCAAACAUACAACCAGCAAUACGGCGGUUACCAGCAACCACAGCAACAGCAACAACUUUCUCAGCAGCCACCCCAAGCUACGCAGCAGCCCAAGGCUGCUGAAUCCCAACCUGCCCAAUCGGCGCCCAAACCUGCCGCCGCCGCCGCCGCUCCCAAGGCCAAGGUUCUGUCUAUCGGUGGCGCUAGUGACUCUCCUGCAGCCCCUAAGACCAAGGUCCUUUCGAUUGGUACCCCCUCCCCUGCUCCUGCAUCGAAAACAUCAUCUUCAGGAUCUGCGACUCCCGGAGACUCUAAGGGAGCCGAUGCUGCUCAGGCUGCCGCCAAGGUGACAGCUACUAAGGCUAUUGAGAAGACGGAGAAGAAGGCAGAACAGAAGGCUGCCGCCAGCGGCAAAUCAUCUCCUGCUCCUGCGUCCGGUCGCUCUAGCCCCGGAAGAUCCAGCCCUUCCCGAGCCGAAGUUGCUAAGGCUGCCCGUGCCGCAGAUGCCGUCGCCAAGGAGCAACAAGCCGACGUUGACGAAGCUACACUGAAGGAAAUUUACGGUGAAAAGAAGGAACACGUGAACAUCGUGUUCAUCGGACACGUUGAUGCCGGAAAGUCUACCCUGGGUGGAUCCAUCCUGUACGUCACUGGCAUGGUGGACGAGCGAACUCUGGAUAAGUAUAAGAGAGAUGCCAAGGAAGCCGGUCGUGAGACUUGGUACCUUUCUUGGGCUUUGGAUUUGACGAACGAAGAGCGAGCUAAGGGAAAGACGGUCGAGGUUGGCCGUGCUCACUUUAAGCUUGAUGUGGAGUCGCCCGACGGUCCUGUCGAGAGGCACUUCUCCAUUUUGGAUGCCCCUGGUCACAAAGCAUAUGUUCAUCACAUGAUUGGUGGUGCUUCACAAGCUGAUGUUGGUGUUCUGGUUAUCUCCGCACGAAAGGGUGAAUACGAAACUGGAUUCGAAAAGGGUGGCCAGACUCGUGAACACGCUUUGCUGGCGAGAAACACAGGUGUCCAGAAGCUGGUCGUUGCUGUCAACAAGAUGGAUGACCCUACUGUGGAAUGGAGCCAUGCCCGUUUCAAGGAGUGCACGGUCAAGGUCUCGAAGUUCCUGGAGAACCUCGGCUACAAGAAGGAUGAUCUUACCUUCAUGCCUAUCUCCGCUCAAAAGACAUACGGUAUCAAGGACCGUGUUCCUAAGGACCUUGUGCCUUGGUACGAUGGUCCCUCUCUUUUGGAGUACCUGUCCAACAUGAAGCUACCUGAGCGUAAGAUUAAUGCGCCAUUCAUGAUGCCCAUUACCGCGAAGUAUCGAGACAUGGGUACCAUGGUGGAAGGCCGCAUUGAGUCUGGUGUGAUCAAGAAGAACGGAAAUUGCAUCAUUAUGCCCAACCGCACUAAGGUUGAAAUCACAGCUCUCUAUGGAGAGACUGAGGAUGAGAUCCCGACAGGCACUUGCGGUGACCAAGUCCGCAUGCGUCUCCGUGGUGUGGAAGAAGAAGAUCUCCUUCCCGGAUUUGUGCUUUGCUCUCCGAAGCGUUUGGUGAACUGUGUGUCAAGCUUUGAGGCCAAGAUUAGGAUUCUCGAUCUGAAGAGCAUUCUCACUGCCGGUUACAACUGUGUUAUGCACGUUCACUCGGCUGUCGAAGAGGUUACAUUUACCUCCCUGCUGCACAAGUGCGAGCCUGGUACAGGCCGUAGGAGCAAGCGCCCGCCUCCCUUCGCCAGCAAGGGCCAGACGAUCAUCGCCCGUCUCGAUGUCACCAGCACUGCUGGUGCCGUCUGUGUCGAGCGUUUCGAGGACUACAACCAAAUGGGACGGUUUACUCUGCGUGAUCAGGGACAAACCAUUGCCAUUGGUAUGAUCACCAAGCUCAUCAAGGGUGACGAAGACAACUAAGCACGCAUAAUCACGAACAAAUCCCGGCGGCUUCUAUCUUGGUCUUUCUUGACCUUUGGUGGGUUACGGCUGCGAUCGAACCGACUACGGUCAGGGAGGUAUGGGUGGGCAGAAGGUGGAUGAGUAGAUCCAUAAACUUCUCCCUCGGUUGAUGAUGAUGAACCUUUUCUUUUCUUAUAGAUUGUUUCUCUUGCUGUUUCUUCUCUGGAAUGGUAAAAAAAUCUGCUUGGACGUUUCACGCCGGUUUACAUUAUAUGUAGAUAUCCACGUAUAUCCAUCAACGCAUCAAAUCAUGAA